UAUUAGAGUAGAGUUCAGUUGACUAGUUAUUGUUGCAGAAUGAUCACCUUCGGCUUGCUGGCGGUGCUGUUGCUGGCUUGGCUGUGGCAGCGCUGGCACUUUGGCCACUGGCAGCGGCUGGGCGUGCCGCAUGCACCCGCCGCGCCCUUUGUGGGCAAUGUGUGGCGCCUGCUGCGCGGCUGUUGCUGUUUUGGCGACCAGUUCCGCGAGCUCUAUGAGUGUCCGAGUGCCAAGGGGCAGGCAUACCUGGGCAUACACGUGCUGCACAAUCAUGCGCUGCUGCUGCGCGAGCCGGCGCUGAUCAAGCGUAUUCUCGUCGAGGAUUUUGGCCAGUUCUCCAGUCGCUUUGAGACUACAGACGCCAUUGGUGACACGAUGGGCGCACAGAAUUUGUUCUUCUCCAAGUACGAGAUGUGGCGCGAGACGCACAAGAUAUUUGCGCCCUUCUUUGCCGCCGGCAAGGUGCGUCAUAUGUUUGGGCUGCUGCAGCAGAUUGGCCAGCAGCUGGAGCAGCAUAUGGCCAGGCAGCUGACGGCGAGCGGCACCAAGGAGGGCACACUGGAGCUGGAGGUCAAGCAGCUGAGUGCGCUGUUCAGCACAGAUAUUAUUGCCUCGCUGGCCUUUGGCCUGGAGGCCAAUUGUCUACAGCAGCCGGACGCAGAGUUUCGGCGCAUGUGCAUCGAGGUGAAUGAGCCGCGUCCCAAGCGUCUGUUGCAUCUCUUCACCAUGUUCUUCUUUCCGCGCUGCUCGCGCCAGCUGCGCACCCAUCUCUACUCGGAGGAGUACGAGCGUUUCAUGCGGCAAUCCAUGAACUGGGUGAUGGAACAGCGUGCGGCCAGCGGGGAGCAGCGCCACGAUCUGAUUGACAUAUUUCUGCAGCUGCAGCGCACGCAGCCGCCGGAGAGCGUGGUGCAUCGGCGUGACUUUUUCGUGGCGCAGGCAGCAUUUCUGCUGCUCGCCGGCUUCGACACCUCCUCCUCGACGAUUACCUUUGCGCUGUACGAGCUGGCCAAGCAGCCGGCCAUACAGCAGCGCCUCAGGCAAGAGCUGGCGGCGGCGCUGCUAGGCAGCGGAGCCACGGCCGGACAGUUGGACUACGAGACGCUCAGCGGACUGCCCUAUUUGCGGCAGGUGGUAGAUGAGGUGUUGCGCUUGUAUCCGCCCACUGCAUUUCUGGAUCGCUGCUGCAAUGCCAAGGCUGGCUAUGACUUGUCCGCCUGGAGCUGUGGUUCCGCCUUGAGGCUGCCGCCUGGCACGCCCGUCUAUAUUUCUGUGCUGGGACUGCAUCGUGAUGAGCAGUACUGGCCUCAGCCCUUGAAGUUUGAUCCGGAGCGUUUCUCGCCAGAGCAACGGGUGCAGCAUCAACCCAUGACAUAUUUGCCGUUUGGCGCCGGUCCGCGCGAAAGGCCAAAGCCUUUGUGUUAACAGCUGCGGGAGGCACCUAUUUGCGCUUCGUCCGGGAUCCGCUGUGACAAAAAAAAACUGGACCAUUGUGUUGCAGUUUUUUAAAUUUUCACUUUAUUGGGGUAAUUGUUCACAUAUGUAGGUUCUGCUUUUUAGUUUAUUUUAAUUAAAUUUUUUUUUGUUUUUAAUUUUUGUUUGUUUUUAGCUUAAGAUCAGCUCAAAAAUGUUCACAAAAUUUGUCAGUUGUUCUAGCCAAAUACUGCUGGCCAUAUAAAUGGCUAAUCAGUUGUUAUCUGCGCAGACCGUGGACUGUAUUUAUUGACUUGUAAGCUGGCUUAUCAAAAAAGAAUUGAACAAAGUGCAUUUUAACAAACUAUAAAAACUUAAAACCUAUAAAACAAGAAAUUUCAAUUUUCAGUAUCGAGUUACUUUAAGUGCAAAUAAAAUUUGAUAAUGCAUUUAGACCAUGUAUUUUACCAACAAUAUUUAGCUAGCUUGACAAUCAACCAUAUGUAUGUUGUGUAUUUUUUUGCGUUUUUCGGUUUUUGUUUUUCAUUUUUUUUUUUCUUUUAAUUUUUUACCAUAUACAAUUUAAAAAACUAGCUCUCAAGCUACCUGGCUUAUAUCUUCACUUUUUACAAAUUAUCAAAAAAAUAACUAAAGCAAUUUUACACACUCGUCAUUAAAGAACUAAGCUAACAACUAAUUGCAUUUUGUUUUUAUAUUAUAUUAGUAAUUUAUAUAUUAACACAAAAAUGUUUAUUUGUAUUUAGCUUUUCUUUUUAUACAUAAAGGUAUUCAGUUACAGAAUUGAAAUGUAAUAAUAGUAUACAAAUAUGUUCGCACAUUAAUUUUGCUAGCUACGAAUCGAAUUUAGCAAAAAUCAAUAGUUCUUGAUUGUUAUUUCAAAAGCAAAAUGCAAAAUUUACUGUAAAGAUUCUUUUUUUUUUUUUUUAAAAUGUGCUUUAAUAUAAUUUGUGAAUUUCUGUCUGCUGCAAACUAA